AUGCUGCUGUGGCUUGUCCUGCUCACGUUCUGCGCAGUGCUCAUCCCCAUCAUCGCAUUGCUGUGUCUCUGUAUCUACAUCUCGGCCUACCGCUCCUGCUCGCGUUCUACCUCCUCCAACAAACCAUGCCUCGGUCGAUCAGCAGCCGUAGUUGUGUUGGGUGACAUCGGUAGAAGCCCACGGAUGUGCUUCCACGUCGAAUCGCUCGCCAACGAAGGCUGGAAGGUCGCCAUCGUCGGCUACCCUGGAUCGGCGCUCCCACCCCCGCUCCAACGCUCGUCCAUCAAGCAGCACCAUCUACGCAGCCCUCCAGCAUGGAUCGCGCGUCUACCCAGAGCAGCGUUCAUCGCAGCUGCGCCGUUCAAGCUGCUGCUCCAGGCCGUGUCGCUGUUUGCCGAGCUCACGACGCAGGUUCACCCCCCGCCGGAAUUGGUGCUGGUUCAGACGCCGCCUGCGCUGCCGACGCUGCUGGUGGUCAAGGCGGCGGCUGCGCUGGUCAAGGCGAGGGUGAUCAUCGAUUGGCACAACCUUGCGUAUACAAUUCUGGCGCUCAGGCUGGGAGGGAAGAGCAAGCUGGUCAGGCUGGCAGAGCGAUUGGAGCAGUGGAGUGGGCGCAAGGCGUAUGCGCACCUGUUUGUCACCGAGGCGAUGAAGAACCACUUGGAUCUCAACUGGAAGUUGGAGGGGCAGAAAGUGGUGUUGCACGAUCGGCCACCGUCUCAUUUCCGAAGAGCAACGCUGGCCGAGACACACACGCUGAUGGGCAAGGUCAUCCCGCAGAUCCAGCCGAGCAUCGGCGACGACUGGUUGCCGCCGUACGAGUUUCCAGAAUCGACGCCAUUUACCAAGCAGCAGGGUGAAUUGCAGUGGCGAGAUGACCGUCCGGCGCUGGUGGUUAGCAGCACGUCAUGGACCGCGGACGAAGACUUUGGACUGCUGCUGCGAGCUGCGAGACUCUACGAGUAUCGUGCCCGAUUGCUGGCGGAUCCCCCCUCGUCUCCCUCACACUCGCGCAGCAGCACAAACGAGAGCACCUCUGCGCUCCUCUCCCCCGUCUCUGCCUCUUCUGCAGCCUCGACCUCCUCCCACAACUCCUAUACCGAUGCUGAACCCAUCCGCACAUCCAAAGAACGUCGGCGCCCCUCGAUCGGCGCCCUGCGCACGCCCACACUGCCCAACGAACCCGCCAGAUCCCUCCCAAAACUGCUCAUCAUCGUCACAGGCAAAGGCGAGCUCCGGUCACGCUACUUGCGCGAGAUUGCACACCUCGAGUCCACCGAAAGGUGGCGCUUCGUGCGCAUCCGCACCGCGUGGCUCGAGACACAGGAUUACCCGCUGCUGCUGGGAUCUGCGGAUGUCGGGGUGUCGCUGCACACGUCGAGCAGCGGACUGGAUCUGCCGAUGAAGGUGGUCGAUAUGCUCGGCUGUGGGCUGCCCGUGUGUGCACUGGACUUUGCGUGUUUGGACGAGCUCGUGACGGAUAGGUGGAACGGAGUGGUGUUUCGGGAUGCCGAGGGGCUGGCAAGGCAAUGGGAGAGCCUGUUGGCGCUCCAUCCGCUGCCGAACUGGCUGGUGACUGGUGGAGGGUUGGGAGAGCCGUUUGAGGCCCCCCCGCCGUCGCCGAUCACGGCGGGGGCGAAAGGCUUCGGUGCUGAUCCGCUGAGAGCUGCGCCGCCGCUGUCCCCGAACCCGAGCGUGACAUUGCUGCACAGUCCUGGGCUCUCACCUGUGGUGAACGGGCGGUUUGACACAGCAUCGGCUGCAGGCGCGGGGGCAGGGAAGAGGAGCCGAAGGUCGACAUGGGCCGGCAACUGGAAACACGUCAUGCGGCCGUUGCUCGAUCCGAAAACCCCAGUGGACUGCGACGACGAAUCGCAUAUCGACGGAUACCUCUCGCACACCUCCGCGCUCAAACUCCGCCCGUCUACCGGUGCCAUUUUGCAACGCAGAGCCAACAAACAUACCUACACUGCCACCGCAUCUUCUGAUCUCGACAGCAACGGCGGAGGCAGUCCGAGCAAGUCCAAGCAUCGCCGGACAAGUUAUGCCGAGGAAACGGUGCUAGAGACGGCAUCAAGGGCGUCGGAAGCACGGGCGGGGUUCGGCUUUGUCAGUCAAGCGGCGCUGAUCACGGAUGGUGAGAGUCAGAAGGGCCUGCGGCAGCGCAAGUCGGUGAGUAGGACAGACGGGGAAGGCGGUGGAGGUGGUGCGAGGUUCGAUCCGUUCUCGAUUGCUUCUCCGCUUGUCGACGUUGACGACGGCAGUGCGGGGGUGAAGGGGGAUGUGAUUCCCGCGAUCCAGGUCUCAAAGCCUGCUUGA